CUGCAAUCCAAGCUAAACAGCAACACACGGACUCUCACAAUGCUGCGUUCGUCGACCAACGCUCAACCCGCUGCUGCUGCUGCCGCUGGCUCAGCCGUUGGUGCUGGUGGUCAGUCCAAGGAAGACCAGCUCCGCUCGCGCAUUCAGCAGGCCUUCAUCGAGUCUGGGGAGGCCAAGCGGAUUGAAGAACUCUUGCGCGCUCGGUUGAUUGACUGCGGAUGGCGCGACAAUGUGAAAGCUCAAUGCAAAGCAUGGAUUCAACACGUUGGUGUGGAAGCUGCAACGGUCGAUCGGUUGGUGGAGGAAAUCUUCCCGGAAGCAAGAGGGGCCGUCCCAGACGUGAUUCAGAUUGAAUUGUUGACACAAAUCCGAGACUUUGUCUCCAAAAACACAUGAGCCUGUGUUUUGCUCUGCUGCUGCUGCUGCUGCUGUUGUUGUUGUGGGUCGUAAAUAGAACAAUAUUGUUUCAUGUAAUAGCAAGGAAGACUGUCGGUUAUGACGGUGUGUUGUAUGAAA